AUGCCAGUGCUGGGUUCCCGGUGUCCCGGUGCCCGGUGCGUGGCCCUGCCGAGGCCGCCCCGAGCCCGCCCUCCCCGGCGCAGCGACCUGCGACAAAGCUGGGACCGACCCGGGCGUCCCGGCCCUGUUUGUCUUGAACGGCGGCCAACGGGCUGCACCGGGCACGGCCGCCCCGGGGCACCGGGAACCAGCCGGGACGUGGCAGCCCGGUCCCAGCCGGCCGCGGUAGGAGCGGGCGAGAGGCGGUGGGGAACGGACACCGAGAAGGGCCGGCCCCGGUGGCGGCGGCCGCCUCUCUCCGUCCCUCCCUCCCUCCCUCCCCGCUCCGGGCACGGGAGCCCCGCCGAGCCCGGCCCGUUCACCAGGACCCGCCAGCGCCCUCCCGCCGCCGCACCGGCCGCUCCCGCCGCACCGACAGCUCCGGCCGCACCGGGACCCCCCCGCCGAGCACCGCACAGCCCCCCCGCCGCCGCACCGCUCCCGCCGCCCCGGGGACCAGCCCGGUGUCGCCCCCCCGCCCUAAUCCCAGUCCCACUCCCAAUCCUAGUCCCGGUCCCGAUCGCGGUCCCCGCCGCCGCCCCGAUCCACCUCCCCCCCGCCCGCCGCCGCUCCCGGUGCUCCCGGUCGGCCCCGCUCACCUCCGCCUCCGGAGCCGCCGCCCGCGGGGCCCCGCGCCCCGCCACGGCCCCGCCGCCGCCCGCUCCUACACGGCGGCCGCGCCGCGUCCCCGCCGCCCCAUCCCGCGCCCAGGCCGGGCCCCCGGUGGCGGUGGCGGCCCCGGUCCCGGUCGCGCAGCCCCGGCCCGCCCCGGCCGGUGCCCGCCCCCCCCCCGCCCGGAUCCGCUCCCGGGCGCUCCCGGCCAGCGGCCUUAAAGGCGCAGCGGCGGCGGCGGGAACGGCCCGGUACGGCCCGGUACGGCCCGCGGCGGCGCCGGGCCCCGCAGCCCCCCCCGCCCUGGCGCCGGGCCCCGGGGAGCGCUGA